CAUCGACCUUGACGUUAACUGUUACUUUGCACAGACGAAGCCCUCAUAUUUCCCUUUUUCUCUCCUCUCUUCUUUGGACCACGACGUCGACGCCAACUAUUCUCAACCGUGUAUUCUACAUCACUUCACUGUCUCCGAGAACGCCUUCCUGAUCAGUGACCGCAACUUCUUUCGCCUUGGUCAUUCUCAUCGCCCACUGAUUUUGCACUUUUCAUCCACCGCCCGCCUGUCCCAGAAUCCUCGAAUUCAACGACCGGCAACAAUUUUCCCAGUCCCCAGUCGUCGACGUGCUUCUGUCACAUCCUUGUAUCAAAAUGCCUACGCCUUUGCCUUCAACCUUUGCCUCUGCUGCAGCAAGCACCAACGGUGAAAACCCCGCAAACAAAAGAGACAACACCUCCACCAGUGACUGGUCAAGAAAGGUUAACGGCACAACACACACCUUCCGCAGACCGUCUCAAGCCGCCACCCCCUCCCACCCCCAGUCGCAGACACAAGCACGCGAUGCCAAUUCCUCAGUCCCUGCCAACAAUGGCGACAGUGUCUAUCUUCCUCCUCACCUCACCAGCCGAUCCUCGUACUCAUCCCGCCCCUUGCCUACUGGCGAAACACGGUACAACAAGGACCAGCUCCUGAGCAUCUAUGAAUCCAUGCGAGCCUCUUCCACUCUGGAUCAGAACCUGGACAGUCUUUUCGUCGGUCCCUGGUCUGUGAACGCGAAUGGGCGUCUAGAUGGCAAGGAGCCUGGCCCAGAGGUCUGUUGGAAUAGCAAAAGCGACACUGGUCCCUUUGGUCUAAUUGAGCUCACUGAAGAGGAGAAACAGCUUUUCUCGACUUCUGUCAACCCACCUGCCAAGCCCCAACAAGCCACAACUCGAGAAGGUGGAGGAGUGGGAGUCAUUGGUCGCAAGGCUUCUCUGUCCAACUACAACAAUACUGCAUCCACUUCGAGGCCAGGAACCAGACGUCGCGAACCCAGUGAUUCGUAUGCGGGUGGUGGACCUUUGUCACCAGCAGAAAACAAAACCUUUUUCCGGGGAGACUCCAACACCGCAACGCCACCUCCUGCUCUGUUACGACGCAGAACCGAUUACAAAGAUGAAGAAUCUACGCCGACGUCCAAGGAAGAGCUCGAUUCACAAGAAAACCCUGAAGCACAAUCACAUUUCCCUGGCAUCCGCAGGGCCGGCACCGGUCCAUUGAGCGCAGGUUUAAAUGCUCCUUCCGCUUCUCCCUGGUCAGCUGCUACACAGACCGGCGGUUUCGGUUCCAUGGGAAGCUUUGGCAGCUUCGCCAUCGGAUCCGCGCCAACCCCCAACGAGUCUGCCGACAAGAGACCAGGAUUUGGGAGCGCGAGAGGUGGUAGUCGUUUCAAAGACCUCCUCAGCAAGCCCAGCUCCGAGGACAUCCAUCAAGGACUUAAAGACAAGUCCUCUUUCGGCGCAUUGGAGAAAUUGCCCGAAGAAGAUUCGCGUGCUUCUCAACUCGGCCAACGAGCCAUAGGCUUUGGGACGAGGCCCGGUCGAAGUGAGACCAAUCCGUACGAGGAGGUGUCUGAUCGAACUGGCAGUGCUGUCCUGGGAGGUUCUCAAGACGGCCAGCCAAAUUCUGUCAAUGACAAUCUUGGUUUUGCCUCCCACGGACCUCCGCCAAAUGUUGGCGCACGAGAUCUGGGGCAUGAUGACCAUUACCAGCAAACUCCAUACGGACGCUUCAAUCCUCAUGAUCCGAUGAGCCCCACCAACACGAACCCCUACCAAAGUCCACAUGCUCAGCCGGAUGAUGACGAGCAGGACUCGAGUGAACCAAACUCGCAGGCCCCAGGAUCCCAGCCCAUUGGUGCAAGCCGACGAAAUGUCUUUCCCGGGCCAGAUGAUCGAGGCCUUGGAAGUAUUCGUGGCGCUGGCGGGUUCGGGAAUAUCGGAUUCGGCUCCCUCGGUGGCCCCAUGUGGUCUGGUGCCAACCCUGGAGCAGGCAAACCUGCGCUGGACCGCACCAUAGGAUCGGCAUUUGGAGAUCCAAUCUUCAGUCCACUCGGCGAUCUACAAUCUCCUGGCGGCGGUCUGGGAGGCGGGUUCUUUGGCGCUGGGGGUUUUGGAUCUCAAGGACGUGCUAGCCGGCUGGGUGCCAUGUUCCCUCCGGCUAUGCAAGAACAAAUGAGGGGAGACAGCCGGAACGAGUUACACCAAGGUCCUUUGGACAGUCGCCCGGAUAGUGCACAACAGCACGCCCAGAGGGACCCGUUUGACCCGGCAGGCCGUCGACCAGAAGGUUUUACUGGAGGUUCAAAUCGCUUUGACGACUCUCCCCCAUUGAGAAACGCCGACGACCCGGUGUCAUCGCAAGGGCAGCAGAAUCAUUUUGGUGCUCCGCAGCCGUCUUUGCCUACGCCACAAGCUGCAAAUCAGCGAGCUUCGUCGGGCGGGGACAACUUCCAAGCUGGUCACGGGCUCAGUCAGUCGAGUGGCAGCAAUUCGUCCAACCAGAUGCCCGCAGCCCAGCAACGACAGAUGGUGAUGCCGGAUCGGAUGCGCUGGAUCUAUCGUGACCCCCAAGGCAACACUCAAGGUCCCUGGUCAGGCUUGGAGAUGCACGACUGGUUUAAAGCUGGCUUCUUCACGGCGGAGCUCCAGGUCAAGAAGCUUGAGGAUGCCGACUAUGAGCCCCUUGCCCAGCUCGUCAGACGCAUAGGAAACUCACGAGAACCAUUCCUGGUACCCCAGAUCGGUGUCCCCCACGGCCCUCCAUCAGGGGGUCAAGGCAAUCACUGGGCCAAUCCCGCCAACUCCAGUGCAGCCCAGUCUGGGUCAGCCCCAGGAGGAGGCGCGACACAGCCGCCUUUUGCAAGCAGCUUUCCCAGUUUUGGUACCACUCUGACCGCAGAACAACAGAAUGCUCUCGAGCGUAGGAAGCAAGAAGAACAAUUUCUGAUGGCACGACAGAAGGAGCACUUGGCCCAACAGCAGAUUGCAAUGAAACACUUGCAAUAUCAGAAUGGUCUCCAUUCUCUACAACACCAGCCAAGCGCUCACUCUCUACAGAGUCAGCCCAGUUUUGGAAGUAUGACCUCUCCCGCGGCCUACCAGCAAUCUCCAAUGCCGGCUCCAAUUCAACCUCCACAGCAACAGGCUCCCCCACUUGGCCAGACUGGUCUGGGGAUGGGCCUGAAUUAUGGACGGGACAACGAGAUCCACGGCAUGAUGGAUCGGUUGAGUUUCAACCAACGCACUGGGCCGGCCUCCUUCCCAAGUGGAGUUUCUGGACAGGCUCCUACUGAUUCUGGGCCAUCCCAACACGUUUCUUCCAUGCUCCAAGACCGAGCCCGGCUUCUGCAACAGCAGCACCAACAAUCCGAGAUGCGAGACCACGAGGACACUUUUUUAGGCCCGCAGGGUCGCAACGAUCGACUGGAGGAAUUCCGCACCCUUCAACGCGAGGGAGAUACCCAGGCUGGUCGUCUCGGCCCUGAUUCCCAACAGCAAGCACCUCGGCCUAUCGGAGCACAACGUCGGAACGACGAUCCAAGUUCUGCAUCGAUCCCCCAGAAGGGAGCCAGCGCAGAUGGCAUCACCACGUCCAAGCUGGAAAAUGAGAGUCUUAGUUUGGCUGAGCAGAUUCAAAUUGCAGCCGCCAGUCAACAAGCUGCAGCGGAGGAAAGUGCCUGGGCCAAGAAAGAUACAUAUGUUGAACCACCGCCAGUCUCCAUAUCCCCCUUGCCUGCGCCAGCGGCUCAGCGCAAUCGACUUCAUGUCGCCGAUGCCUUGGCUGCUGAAUCCAGAUCGGCAACUCAGACCCCAAUUGAAACGCCGUCGGUGUCGGUCGCUCCAUGGGCUGAGCGCACCGUCGAACAUCCCAAAGGCCCGUCGCUGAAAGAAAUUCAAGAAGCCGAGGCUAAGCGUGCAGCUGAACAGGAAGAGCUUAUGGCGGCUGCCAGGCGCGCUCAAGCGGAGCAGGAGCGAUUGUUGCAGGCUCAGGCCCCAGCGGCAGCUCCAGGCCUACCCUCGAGUUCGACCUGGGGUAGUUCGUCUUCGCCAGUGGCUGCCUCAAACACGUCUGUGUGGGCUAAGCAAGCGUCAGCAAAACCGGCAACAAGCAAUUCGAAAAAGACCCUCGCUCAAAUCCAGAAAGAGGAAGAGUCGCGCAAACAACGAGCAGCUGCCGCCGCCGCCGCAGCUAGCUCUCAUGCCUCUCCAGGCGGACAAACAGGCAGUGGACCGGGCAGUGGACCAGCGGGCAAGCGAUACGCGGAGUUGGCGAGCAAGGCUAUUCCUGCUGUGCCACUGGCACCAAACAGUGCGUGGAUGACUGUAGGAUCUGGGGGAAAGACCAAAGCGCCGCCUGCUGUGGUAGCAACACCACAGCCCGCUCCUCGGACAGCCAGCGGAUCUGCUGCGACAGUGGCCAAACCUCGACCAGCCAAUCCGAUUAGUCGCAGCACCACUGGGACGAAUCAAAACAAGGCUGGUGAGGAGUUCAGCAAGUGGAUCAAAGCAUCACUUGGGAAAGGAUUGAACAGCAAUAUCAACGUCGAUAGUUUCGUCCAAGAUCUGCUGAUGCUACCUCCCGAGGUGGAGAUCAUUUCUGAUUCAGUUUAUGCGAGCUCACAAACACUUGAUGGACGCAGAUUCGCAGAAGAGUUUGUACGUCGUCGCAAGUUGGCAGAUAAAGGUAUUAUUGAACCUGCGGCAAGUGGCCCUCAGGUCGGUGGCAGCGAGAGCAGCAGUGGAGGGGGUGGCUGGAGCGAGGUGGCCAAAAAGGGACCAGUUGCUAAGGAGGACAACAGCAACAACGCGGCAUUCAAAGUCGUCCCGACCAAGAAAAAGGCCGCGAAGCGAUAGAUGUUGGACAGCGUUGGGCUCACAGAAGAUGUAUGAAUGAUGUGGACUGUUAGUGUGCCGUGCGAUGGCGAGCUGGGUAGGAUGUGAGAUUGGGGCAUGAGAAAAAGUAAUUUGCUCGUGAUGUUACUAGGUACUACUUUGUAGAUCACUUGCUCAAUGCAAGUCAUGUCUCGAUCAAAUGAAGCUGCGUUGUAAAGUGAAGA